GCCCAUGGGUUGGCGAGGGGAGGGGAGAGGAGAGGAAAGGGGGAGUCGGUGUGUAUUCGCUGAAAUGUCAUCCACCCAUUUAUCCGGAGGAAAAGUUAAUAUUUCUCGAAUACAAGAUCAUGCUAGAAAACAUCUUUUUGCCCUGCUCGAUAAGAUCGAUGGUACCAAGGACAUUGUCACCGAUGGAGCUCUUGGUUCAGUCAUGGGGCUGGUUGCAAACAAGCCUAUGCUUAAAGAACACAACAUUAAAACUAUUUUCCACUUACAUCCCGGACAAUUACCAAACAGCAAUUCGGAAAACAUAGUAUUUAUCAUCCGUCCCCAACUUCGCUUUAUUGAUCAUGUUGCGGACAAUGUUCACAACGAAGUGAAGCGUUCUCGCAAGGACUUCCAUAUAUUUUUUGUCCCAAGAGUUACCUUCUUAUGUAAAAAGAGGCUAGAGGAUCGAGGCGUUCUAGGUAAUUUUGAAGGAAAUCUUGAAGAACUGCCUUGGCAUCUAUUUCCAUUUGACAAUGACUUGGUUUCAAUGGAAAUUCCAACCACUUUCAAGGAGUUUCAUUUGGAAAGUGAUCCGACAACACUCCAUCAGGCUGCACAAGGACUACUCUCACUUCAGUCCUUGUAUGGUAUUAUACCUCGAGUUACGGGAAUUGGACCUGCAGCUCAAAAGGUGUUUGAUUUCUUGAAACGUCUCUCAUUGGAGCAGUCAAGCUGCCAGAAUCCUUCCAGUUCCAGCAUUGCCCCAUCACAAAUAGAUCAAGUCAUUAUUUUAGAUAGGUCUGUGGAUCUACUCACGCCCCUGGCUACUCAGUUGACGUAUGAAGGGCUCAUUGAUGAGAUAUUUGGUAUUCAAAACAACACAGUAAAACUACCAGCAGAGCAUUUUAGUUCAUCAAAUGAUAAUACCCCAUACACAGCAGAUACAAAAGACAUUAUUCUAAAUUCUGGAGAGGAGUUAUUUGCCGAAAUAAGAGACAAGAAUUUUAGUGCUGUCGGUCCUGCAUUGAGCAGAAAAGCCAGACAAAUAUCUAACCAAUUCGAAGAGAGACAUGGAGACAAGACUGUACAGGAAAUGAAACUAUUCGUUUCAAGAUUACCCUCUAUGAUGGCAAACAAACAGUCAUUAGCUUAUCAUACAACUAUUGCAGAGUUGGUGAAGAAAGUUACAGAUACCCAUCAGUUUUUAGAAGCACUGCAAACUGAACAGGAACUGAUGAAUGGAAUUGAUACUGACAAGGCUCAUCCAUUUAUAGAAGAUUGCAUAGACCGCAAAGAACCUCUUAUUAAAGUUCUGAGAUUAGUUUGCAUGCAGGCUCUUACAAACAGUGGCCUCCGUUCCAAAGUUUUGGAAUAUUAUAAGAGAGAAAUUCUUCAAACUUAUGGCUUUCAUCAUGCCCUAACUCUCUGCAACUUGGAACAAGUGGGCCUCUUGCGCUUGCAGCAAAAUCAACGGCCGUACACAGUUCUUAGGAAAGCCCUUAAACUAACCGUUGAGGACAAUGAUGAAGCAUCACCUACUGAUAUAAGUUAUGUUCACAGUGUGUAUGCUCCACUUAGCAUUCGCCUUGUUCAACACCUUGUAAGACCAAAUGGGUCAAGAGCUCUUCAGGAUGUCAUAGGUCUCUUGCCAAGCCCAGCAUUUGAUGAAUUACAGACAUCCCCCUCUGGGUCUGCACUACCUGUUCCACCAAGUGAUAGUCCCAAAGUUGUACUUGUGUUCUUCGUUGGCGGUUGCACAUUUGCAGAAAUUUCCGCACUACGAUUUCUUUCACAGCAAGAAGUUUCUGAUACAAAUGUUGAGUUUUUAAUCGGGACCACCAAAUUGAUCAAUGGAAGUUCUUUUAUUCAAUCAUUAUCAGAACCACUUGAUCAUCAGUAGAUGUGAUAAGGAAACAAAUUGUUUGUCACUUGUCAUCUAAUAUUACUGUAUUUUCCACCUGUAUCCUCUGUAAGUAAUUUUGUAAUACCAAAAUUGCUUUCAAUCAUUUGUUUUUAUUUUUACUGUUACAAAAGAGAAAUAAUUGUUGUAUCUGAA